AUGGGUCUUCUCUCACUUAUGUAUCGACGGCCAAAGCAUGUAGGCAAGGAACAAUUUAUACGUCUCAAUACUACCCUUUCAGAAAAUGAGAAGAGCAAUGCUUCCCUCAAAUCAGGCUAUUCAGGACCUUCAUCCGGUAUACCUGACGCUCUUACUUUUGACAGGAUCAUCAACGGCGGAACUUGUCCUCCAUGCACCAUCCGCGAUUUUAUGAACUACCUAAUCUACAUCGAGCAUGCAGCCGAGAAUCUACAGUUCUUCUUAUGGUAUCGCGACUAUGUCAAGCGCUUCAAUGAGAUUAACAUCUCCGAAGCCCAACUCUCUCCCGAGUGGACACAAGCAAUGGAAGAUGAGGCGACUGCCAAGGUUCAGAAAGACGUCAUUGACAAGAUGAGAAGAGAGCAAAAAGUCGUCUCAAUUUUCAAGGGCACAGACUUUGAAAAAGGGGCGUCGGAAGUUGUCGUCGAAAUCAAAGACCCCUUUUCAACACCACCCUCAACUCCCAGUCUUAACGAGACUCCAUCAAUAUUCUCCAGCUCCCAGGUAUCUAACCACCACAUCCAAGCUCAAGAUGCAUUCAUCGCCGCCGGCGCCACACAACCAUUCACAAUCCAACCCUUCCGCGCAGAAAUAACUCGCGUAAUAAGCACCUACCUCGCCGACUCCACCCCCCGCCAACUCAACCUCUCAUCCCGCGAACAAAAAUCCGCAAUCCAAGCCCUAGCCUACACCACGCACCCCUCCGCUCUCCGCUCCAUAGCCCGCAGCGUCGAAGACACCUUACGCCGCCAGGCUCACCCAAAUUUCAUCCGCUGGAGCAUCUGCAACGGCAACCCAUCGCGGGUAACCUUCGCAGUCGGCCUAGGAACCAGCAUAAUCACCCUCACAACAAUCGGCGCUAUACUCCUAACCCUCAGCCGCGCCCCACGGGGAUGGAGAGCGCUAUUCGCAAUCUUCUGGGUCCUCGGGAUCGCAACCCUAAUCGCGGCACAAAAAGGAAUGUGCGUCGUGCUACACGGGCUGCACCAUCGGCACGUGCGGCCUUGGGAAUUAUUCGAGACCCCCUCUCCCUCCCCCUCGCCACCAAACUCGUUCGACGGGUCGGAGUUAGAAGAACAAGGGGGACGGGGUAGAGAGGGCAGGUGUUUCGACGCGUUCGGCGCGGGGAAUAGCUACGAGGACGAGCCGUGGGUGGUGCGGUAUCAGCGCCGGAACGUCGUGCGCCGGGUCUUCGACCGCGAGGUUUGGAUCCGCGAGCCGGCGCUGAGGAGGAUCCAGGAUGUCAUUUUCGUGCAGGCUUUGCUGGGCGCGUUGUUGGGCGCGGGUGUGCUUACGGCUGUGUUUGUGAGCGCGCCUGCUGGGAGGUUCUUUUGA